AUGCCUCUCGCAUUUCAAGUUGCAAAUCUUGCCGUCAAGCCACCCAAGGUUGGUGAAAACGGCUACCAGGGCUUCAACCCACGCAAGGAAAUCCUUAAGAAGGGCUACCAAAGUCGCGAUGGUGCUCGCGCACUCUCUGAAGACAUGAUCGUCGAGCACGAUGUUGCUGUCAAAGUCAGGGAUGGAUGUACUUUAUACUGCGACAUUUACCGACCCGUCGGCAGCGACUCAGGCGUCAAGGUACCUGCAAUUGUAGCAUGGAGUCCAUUUGGCAAGAAGCAUGCGGGUAUAGAUAUGAUGAAAAAGGCGAGUCAGAGGUGUACACAAGUCAAAUGGGGCUGCGGUGUACCAGCAGGAUGCCUUAGCGGGCUUGAGCGGUUCGAAGGACCUGACCCAGCAGAAUACUGCCCGCGUGGGUACGCUGUUGUCAACGUCGAUGCACGAGGAGCAGGUGACUCGGACGGAGACAUCGUCAUCAUGGGAAAGCAAGAGGGCGAGGAUGGCCACGACGUGAUAGAGUCCAUCUCGAUUUUAGAUUGGUGCAACGGCAACAUUGGCCUUGCGGGCAACUCACAUCUUGGCAUCGUCCAAUGGUUCAUCGCAGCGACUCAACCGCCAUCUCUCAAGGCAAUUGCACCCUGGGAAGCUUGUGGAGAUCUCUAUCGCGAGCAGUUCGUACGGGGAGGUGCUUGGGAUAACGGCCUAUUCGACUUCAUCACAGAGCAUGUUAUCCGUGGAAAGAACGGUCUUGAGGACUUUAAGGAGAUGUAUAAGCGUUCUUCCACAAUGAAUCCUUACUGGGAAGACAAGCGGGCCGAGAUUGAGAAGAUCAACAUCCCUACUUACAUCGUCGCGUCAUACUCCAGCUUUGUCCACACCAUGGGCUCGAUACGAGGAUGGAUGCAGAUCAAAACCAAGGACAAGUGGCUCCGAUGGGAUCCUUACCAAGAGUGGUACGAUCUCUGGGCCGUCAAAGAAUCCAUCGAUGAGCUCGCCAGCUUCUUCGACUGCUAUCUCAAGGGCGAGAAGAACGAUUGGGAGCAGACGCCGCGUGUGCGCAUGGCGUCUUUGAAUUACGGCGACAAGGAAGCCAUUUAUCCUAUCAUCGAAGAGGACUUUCCAAUCCCACGUACAGACUAUAGAAGUCUCUACUUCAGCAGCGCCAACACCCUCCAAACCUCAGCGCCGUCAAAUACUAGCAUAGUCUCGUACAACUCGGAAAGCAACUCAUCACCUGUUGCACACGCUGCCUUUGAACUCAAGUUCGAUAAACCUACACGCCUCAUGGGCCUCCCCAAAGCCGUCCUAUACAUGUCUUGCCCAGACUUCAACGACAUGAUCGUAUACGUCCUCAUCCGCAAACUCGACGCACAAAAAAAACCGAUGAUUGCUGUCAACAUUCCUCUAGAAGUUAUGCCGUACAAAAAAACGGCCGACAUACCAGAGACAGAUUACUCUAAUCUUAUGAUUUACUACGGACCUACAGGUGUCCUACGCGCCUCGCACCGCAAGAUCGACGAGUCAAAGUCGAUACACCCACAAUACCCAUUCCACACGCACGACGAGGUGAAGAAGAUUACUCCCGGCGAGAUCGUGAAGCUGGAAAUUGGCCUGUGGGCCAUGGGUGUCGACUUUGAGGCUGGAGAGGGCAUCAGUGUGCAGGUCAGUGGCGAGUACCCGCUCGUGCAGGAGUUUGGCCCGAGGAAGAAGGUAGAGCUUGAGGAGAGGAACAAGGGUACGCAUCAGGUGCACAUUGGAGGCGAUUACCCAAGUCAUAUCGUGCUACCGUUUGUGUAAAAAAAUGCAUUUUUCCUGGCAGGCCUUUUCCAAUGGGUCUAAUGUAGAUAUGUAGACUAGUAUUACCUUAUCCUUUUUGGAGCAUAAAAUAUCAUGUUUAUCAAGUAUAUA